CUCAUCUGUUCAUUAUUUUACAAUCUCAUAUUAUUUUCCUCUGCCCAUCAGACGGCUUGUCCUGUGAUAUCAUACUUUAAGACCCAUCUUAUCAUAACCUGAUCAUACAAAUCCACUAUCAAUACACCCCCAACUCCCAUCACAUCCCUACUCAACCACAAUGGCCACCAACGCCCCAGCAGCGGACAACUGGUCCUCCACCGCCUACCAAAACGCCGCCGCCUUCGUCCCCAAACUAGCCACCAAAGUAGUCCAAUGGCUCGACAUCCAACCAACCGACAAAGUCCUCGACAUAGGCUGUGGUGAUGGCAUCCUCACCAACGACCUCGCCAAAACCCUCACCACCGGCACCCUCCACGGCAUUGACUCCUCCGCCUCCAUGAUCAGCACUGCUACAGCCGCCGCCCCCGCAAACACAACCUACGCCGUUUUGGACGCACGCUCUCUCUCCUCCACUCCAUCUCUUCAAACGGGGGCUUUCACAAAGGUCUUCUCUAACGCGGCGUUGCACUGGAUUCUUCGCGAUGAGGCAUCGCGCGUAGACGUCUUCCGCGGUGCUCACGCCGCCCUCGCGCCGGGUGGAACCCUCGUGUUUGAGAUGGGCGGACAGGGUAACGUGGCAGAGAUGGAAGCUACGCUCCUUGCAGUUGUGGCGCGGAGAAUUGGGAUGAAGCGUGCACGUGAGGUUGAUCCGUGGUUUUUCCCGGAUGAGAGGUGGAUGAGGAAUGUACUGGGGGAAGUGGGGUUUGCAGUUGAGGAUGUGGAGUUGGAGUAUCGGCCGACGAAGUGUGAGGAGGGUGCUGGAGGUGGAGUGGAGGGGUGGGUGAGAUUGAUGGGGAAGUUGUUUUUGGAUGCGGUAGCGGAGGGUGAGAGGGAUGAGUGCGUGAAAGAGGUUGUGGAGGCGUUGGAGACGGUGGUGGGGUCUGCGGCUGGGGGGUACUAUUUGGGGUAUGUGAGGUUGAGGGUUAAGGCGAGGAAGAUCUGA